ACAGCCUCUUGGCUGCUUUCGGAAAAGAGACUGCCAGCCCCAAUUUUUUUUUUUAACCAAAACCCACUUCCUCAAAUCGGAGGGAUUUUACUUUUUGCAUAAUCUGACGGUGCCCAUGUGUUUCCUCGCGUGAUGAAUUCAGAGAGAGGGGGAUUGAGUCAGCUUUGGUAAACGCAGUCCCACCAGCGCUUAUGGCAAGGCGUUAUUUAUUCAUUUACUAUAGCUUGAAGCUUGAAGAAUUAGCAAGAUGUCUGGUGUCCUCGACUCGUACUGUGGCUCAGAGUUUUGGAACGACUCUUACCUGGAGCGUCCGCAGCCAGACCUGCCGGUGUGCUUCGAGCAGACGGUGCUCGUCUGGGUGCCGCUGGGGUUCCUCUGGCUGUGCGCCCCUUUCCUGCUGAGCCACCUCUUCCGGCACCCGUCCAAACGGUUGCCCGUGUCGGGCAAGUACGCCGCCAAGCAGGCGUUCACAGCACUGCUGUUGGUCACGGCAGUGGCCAGGUUGGCUGUCACCAUCGCUGAAGACUCCGGAUCGACAGCCGCGUCCUCCAACCCCGUCGUCCUCUAUGUCAACCCCUCGUUGUAUAUUGCCACAUGGCUGCUGGUGUUGCUGAUCAACGAGAGUGGACGGCGAGCCGGGUUGAAGACGUCCGGCGUGCUCUUCCUCUUCUGGCUCUUCUCCGUGCUGUGCGAGAUCCUUCCCUUCCAGACGCUCAUCCGCAAAGCGAUCGACGGCCACGGGGACGUAGCUCGCUUGAGCCUCUUCUACAUCUCGUUCGGACUGCAGCUCAGCAGUCUCGUGAUGUCUGGUUUCGCUGACCUGCCCAAGGACCACGGAGUGAGCGACGACUCUGGCAUGAAACCGAGUCCAGAAGAACACGCCUCUUUCCUUAACCAGAUCACGUUCACCUGGUUUGACAGCAUGGUGUACCGUGGGUACAAAAAGCCGCUGGAGGUGGAAGACCUCUGGGGGCUUAACGAGGAGGACAAAGCCGAGCGAAUAUUCUCCGACUUCGACCGCAACUGGGAGCUGGAGCUGGAGCGGGCACGGAAGGAACAGCAGCGGGAGCUCGCCGCGUCGCCCUCCCUCAGCGCCAACGGCAUGGGCAAGAGCACCGAGGCGCUGGCCAUGGAGCCUAUCCAAAAGGACGGCGACAAUAAGAAGAAGAAGAAGAAGAGCGACAAGCGGGGAAAGUUGGAGCCGUCCCUCCUGCGCGCUCUGUUCUUCACGUACGGCUGGGUCCUGCUCGAGUCGGGAAUCUUUAAGCUCAUCUACGACCUGCUCACCUUCGUGAGCCCGCAGAUCCUCAAGUUGCUGAUCGGGUUCACGGAGGACCAGAACGUGAUGGAGUGGAAAGGAUACUUGUACGCCAUCCUGCUGUUUGUCACGGCACUCGUGCAGUCGCUGCUGCUGCAGCAGUACUUCCAGCGCUGCUUCCUGUUCGGGAUGCGGGUGCGCACCGCCGUCAUCGGCGCCGUCUACAAAAAGUCCCUCGUCAUGUCAAACGCGGCACGCAAGGACUCCACGAUCGGCGAGACCGUCAACCUGAUGUCGGCCGACGCGCAGCGCUUCAUGGACGUGGCCUCGUUCAUGCACCUGCUGUGGUCGGCGCCGCUGCAGAUCGUCAUCUCGCUCGUGUUCCUGUGGGCCGAGCUUGGCCCCUCCGUCAUGGCCGGCCUCGCGGUCAUGGUGCUGCUCAUUCCGUUCAACGCCGUCCUCGCCACGCGCUCACGCGCCCUACAGGUGAAAAACAUGAACGAAAAAGACAAGCGCAUUAAACUUAUGAACGAGAUCUUGAACGGGAUCAAGAUCCUCAAGUAUUUCGCGUGGGAGACGUCGUUUGAGCAGAAGAUUGGCCACAUUCGCAACAGGGAGCUGAAAGUGAUGCGCAGCUUCUCCUACCUGAACGCCGUGUCGAUCUUCUCGUACACCUGUACGCCCUUCUUCGUGUCGCUGGCCAGCUUCGGCGUGUUUGUGGCCGUGAGCAAGGACAACAUCCUGGACGCCCAGAAGGUCUUCACCUCCAUCUCCCUGUUCAACGUACUGCGCUUCCCCCUUGUCAUGCUGCCCAUGCUCAUCUCUUACAUCGUGCAGGCGAGCGUGUCAACCAAACGCGUGAAGAAGUUCCUGAGCAACGAUGAGCUGGACACGUCGGCCGUUACCCACGACAGCAAUCUGAAGUCUGCCAUUCUGAUAGAAAAUGCCUCAUUUACCUGGGACAAGGGAGAAGAAGCGACCCUAAAUGACGUGUCGGUGGAGGUGCCGGUGGGCAGCCUCGUGGCCGUGGUGGGACAGGUGGGAGCGGGGAAGUCUUCGCUCGUAGCAGCCACGCUCGGAGAGAUGGAAAAGCUGCAGGGCACCGUCGCAAUGAAGGGCUCGGUGGCGUACGUGCCGCAGCAGGCAUGGAUCCAGAACUGCACGCUGCAGCAGAACGUGCUGUUCGGCCUGCCGCUCGAGCCGGAGCGCUACGCACGAGUCCUCGACGCCUGCGCCCUCAGUGCCGACCUGAAGGCCCUGCCGGCCGGGGACCAGACGGAGAUCGGGGAGAAGGGGAUCAACCUGUCCGGGGGGCAGAAGCAGCGCGUGUCGCUGGCGCGAGCCGUCUACAGCAACGCCGACGUCUUCCUGCUGGACGACCCGCUGUCCGCCGUGGACGCGCACGUGGGGAAGCACAUCUUCACGCACGUCGUCGGGCCCACCGGGAUUCUCAAGGACAAGACGCGCCUGCUGGUCACUCACUCGGUGAGCUUCCUGUCCAUGGUGGACCAGAUCGUGGUGCUGCAGGCCGGCCGGGUCUCCGAGAUGGGCACCUACAAGCAACUUGUCAGCAAUGGCGAAGCUUUCGCCGAGUUCCUGCGCAUUUACGACUCCCAGGAGAAGGACGGGGACAAGAAAAACGCCGCCGAACUGGACACCGUGAUCACGACGCUGGUGGACAUCGCAGACGAGCUGGACCCGGAGCCCCAGGGUGACGACGCGUAUGAGGACAGCGUGAGCAGCACCUUCCGGCAAGAGCGCAGCAUGCGGCUUCGGGGCAGCACCAGCAGCAAAAGACGGAGCCACAAGAAACACUUUGCGAGGAAACAGAUGAGCGGAGAGACAGCACUGCCUGGGAAGGCGCAAGAUGAUAAGGCGCAGAAACUGAUUGAAAAGGAAGGCGUGGAGACUGGAAAUGUCAAGUGGUCCGUGUACAUGCAGUACAUGCGCUCCACAGGCCUCUUCUACUCGUUCCUCAUCUUCAUGGGAAACCUCCUGCAGAACGCGGCCGUCAUCGGCCAGAACUUCUGGCUCAGCGACUGGACCAUCGACGCGACCAGCUUCCCCAACGUCACCUACGGCAACGAUAUGCGCCUGGGCGUCUACGGAGCGCUGGGGGUGGUUCAAGGCCUCUUCGUCUUCCUGGCCGCGUUCAUCACCGCCAAGGGCACGAUCGAGGCUUCGCGAGUGCUCCACCACGACCUGCUGGGCAACAUGCUGCGCGCCCCCAUGGCGUUCUUCGACACCACUCCCAUCGGCCGCAUCGUCAACCGCUUCGCCAAGGACAUCAACACGAUCGACGACACCUUACCCAUGUCGUUCCGCUCGUGGAUCGCGUGCGCGUUCGGCGUCCUCAGCACCGUCCUCGUCAUCUGCAUCGCGACGCCCCUCUUCGCCGCCGUCAUCGUGCCCAUCGCCAUCUUCUACUUCUUCGUGCAGCGCUUUUACGUGAGCACGUCGCGCCAGCUCCGACGCCUGGACUCGGUGACGCGCUCGCCCAUUUACUCGCACUUCGGGGAGACGGUGCAGGGCCUGAGCGUGAUCCGGGCCUACGGGCACUUGCCUCGCUUCCUCGCGCACAACGUCAAAAUCGUGGACGUCAACCAAGUGUGCGUCUUCCCCUGGAUCGUGUCCAAUCGGUGGCUGGCUAUCCGCCUCGAGUUCACGGGAAACCUGGUCGUCUUCUUUGCCGCGCUGUUCGCGGUCCUGGCGCGGGGUACAACAGCCGGCGGGGUUGUGGGCCUGUCAAUCUCCUACGCCCUCAACGUGACGCAGACCCUCAAUUGGCUCGUGCGGCAGACGUGCGAGCUGGAGACCAACGUGGUGGCGGUGGAGCGAGUGAGCGAGUACACGGAGAUCGACCGCGAGGCGGCGUGGGAGACGGAGACACGGCCCCCGAGCGAGUGGCCGGACCGUGGCCAGGUGGAGUUCGUGGACUACAGCACGCGCUACCGCCCCGAGCUGGAGCUCGUGCUCAAGGGCAUCAGCUUCAGCAUCCAGCCUGGGGAGAAGGUGGGCAUCGUGGGGCGCACGGGCGCGGGGAAGUCGUCUCUCACCAGCUGCCUCUUCCGCAUGAUGGAGGCGGCCGGCGGCUCCAUCCGCAUCGACGGCAUCGACAUCGCCCCCAUCGGCCUGCACGACCUGCGCUCCAAGCUCACCAUCAUCCCGCAGGACCCUGUGCUCUUUUCAGGGCCUCUGCGCAUGAACCUGGACCCGUUUGGGCACCACAGUGACGAGAAGCUGUGGAGCGCCCUGGAGAUGGCUCACCUGAAGGCUCACGUGGAGUCCUUGGAAGCAGGCCUUGAUCACCCCAUCUCUGAGGGAGGGGAGAAUCUCAGCGUUGGGCAGAGGCAGCUCGUGUGCCUGGCGCGCGCGCUGCUCCGCAAGAGCCGCAUCCUCAUCCUGGACGAGGCCACGGCGGCCGUGGACCUGGAGACGGACGACCUCAUCCAAGCGACGAUCCGCCGCGAGUGCCAGCACCGCACCGUGCUCACCAUCGCGCACCGCCUCAACACCGUCAUCGACUACACGCGAGUCAUGGUGCUCGACGGCGGAUGUCUCGCCGAGUUUGAUUCGCCGGCUGCGCUCCUGAAGAAGAGGGGCAUCUUCUAUACGAUGGCGAAGGAUGCUGGGCUGGCCGAAGAAAAGGCCACGCAUCUGUGAAAUAAUGUUUUGAACAUUUUCAGAUGAAAGUUAGUUAAUUCCCAAAAAAAAGUACAUGCCGUAUUAACAUUCGCAUUCGUUUGUUGUAAGCUUCAGUUUUAUUUUUUAUCACUUUCGGGAUACAAACAAGAACAACCUUUUGUCUACAAACAGAAGUCUGCGUGGAUUGAUAGCGGAAUAGAGGCUGUGUACACGAGCCAGUUGAUAAGGGUUUUACUAGCACGGAACAAUUAUUACUCGGCAAAGGUCGAGUUUGCAUGAGAAAAAAAACGAUCACGCACGUGCGGUUAAGGAGAGGUCACGUGAUCCUCGGGGUCUGUUCAGGUGCGUUCAUAAGGUGUUCCACAGUGUGUGGUUUUCGUUUAUUUUGAGUACAAGGUUUUUAAAAUAUUCUCAUUGAUAAACCCCUUUCAGGUUUUUUUGUUCUUACAUAAUUUUCGCAGUUUUUAUUUUAUUUUAAGACCAAGUUUUUGUACAAUAGUUCAUUGCAACAUUGCAGUAAAAUAGUGCAAGGCUCUAGUUUAUGCAUCUCCCCAUAGGUUAUCAUUCAAGAUUGUCGGGCAUUUAUCAAAAUGACUCAUGACUUCAAUAUGAUAUUGCAUUCUACCUGUUUGAGAGUACAUUUUACUCACGUAAGUAUCAAACGAGGCGUAUAAAUUAACAUCCCACCUCCACCAGACAUGCAGAAUAUCAUCAAAGAAUGCCAUCUUCCAUGAAGAGGAUGGUACAGGCUGUGACAUUAUUUGCUAUAUUUAGACAAUAGCGAGCCUUAUCAAUGCCUUAAUGCCAAGAUUAUAAACUCUCUGGAACAACGGAAUUGGGUGAUUGACCAUUCUAUGGUCGCAGGUCUCUCUCCGAGAAUAAAUUGCUCCACAAUAGAUGUAUGUUCUGCAAUCAUAACUUUUGAAGCACUUACAAACUAGUUUCAAAAAUGUUUUUCAUCAUACAUUCCAAAUGGUGAAGUAUACCUUUAACACAUUUACUCUGCACGUGCACACACCCAAUGAAAAGUGUAAAUGAGAUUAGGUGGCUGGGAGAGAGAGGAAUUCUUACUGGGCUGUCACCAUUGGGAUCUGGGUUCACAUCCAGAUUUCAACUGCCUGUGAUUACACUGCGUUUUCAAGUGAAGUGAAACUGUAAACUAUUUUCAUUUUACCAGGUAAGGCCCACUGAGCUAUCCAACUUUUUUUUUAGAAGCGACCAGGCCACAAAUGAUAACUCAACGAAGUGGCUUAUCACGUGGAAAUGUAUCGCAGCCCAGACGCACGUUUUUAAAUGUGGACGUAAAAACUGGAGGACCCAGAGAACAAUCCAUACGACCACGGGAAGAGAGAGACGCAAACUCCAAAUAUACAGGCUUCGGGGUCUGGAUCAAACCCACAACCUCCUGGGUGAGUUUAUGGUCUCAGCCCAGUCACUAUUCCCCACACCUCCAAUUAGCACGGUUGGCUACAAACGAUGCGAAAGUUCAACACAUAUAAUACAUUGACUGCACAAUGAGCUAUGCUCGUUCAUCUGCAUUGGUGGCACUGAGACAAUUGUGAAAAUUCGACAUUCCCAUGGUGUUGGACGAGCCUCAUCAAGUAAAAAUGACCGUUCAUAACUGAUAUUUUAAAAGUUUGUUCCAUUCUUGACAGCUGGUUAUAGAAAGGGUUAAUUUUAAUGGAAAUUAAAAUGACACCAAGGGGAAAUGACCAGCUGUGUAUCGACUGUCAUUAUAAUUCUGACAUAAAACCAGAAUAAAUUUGCAUUUUCAUCAA